AUGUGCUUCCCAAACCAAAAACUCACCACCUACCGAACUCCAACAACCUUCCCACCCCCUUCCAACCCAAAAUCAACAAGAACAACCAAACCAGACACAGCAACCGCCAUCGCCACAUCCCUAACCCAACAAACCGAAACACAAGCCAUGCUCUCCGUAACAACCGGCUUCCUCUCCGCCCUCUCCUCCAAAUCCCGCGAAGACUUCGACCGCUACUGCGUCCGCGCUGGCGGCAUGGCGCUCUUCCCGCCUUCCCCUGCGAUCCCGCGCUUCUGCACGAUUGGUUCCUUCGUGGAGCAGAUUUCCAAGCUUAGGGAUGAGAUUGAUGAGAGGAUUUGGGAUCCCGAGGUUACUGUUUCUGGGGACGGGGGGAUGGGAUUUGUUUGGGCGCCGUUUCGGGCGAGGGUUAAUGGGGUGCUGGAUCAUGUGGGGGUAGAGUUGUUUGUGUUACAUAAGAUUGGGGGGGAGUGGAAGGUUACGGGGAUGGCGGAUUCUUGUCGGGUGCCCACGGAGGAGGAGAGGGUUUCGUUGAAUUAG